CACACAAGAGGAGGAGGGAAUGAACGAGCCAAAAUCCACUGAUCCAACUUGAAACUACAUCUGGAGCAGUCGCGCAUGAUUGUUGACCUAUUUAACAUCGUAAAUGGAUUCUUCUCUUGAGUUUUCCAGCUCGUUGGGGAGUGUAUCCUCGCUGUUGACCCGGCACAGGACUUUUAAAGUGCUGAUGAUCGGGGACUCCGGCGUGGGAAAGACCUGCCUCACCCACCGGCUCUGCGCUGGAGAGUUUCCCUGCAGAGCUGAAGCCACCAUCGGCGUGGAUUUCCGAGAGAGGCUGGUGGAGAUUGACGGAGAGAAAAUCCGGUUACAGUUGUGGGACACAGCGGGACAGGAGCGGUUUCGGAAGUCCAUGGUGCAGCACUACUACAGGAAUGUCCAUGCUAUUUUCUUCGUCUAUGAUGUCACGUCUCUCACCAGCUUCAGCGGACUCAACUCGUGGAUUGAGGAGUGUAGGCAGAAUUCACUGGGCCAGGACAUCCCAAAAUUUUUGGUCGGUAAUAAAAGUGACUUGCGUGAUCCGAGCAGAGCAAACCAACAGGUGAACCAACAGACGGCUAUGAGCUUUGCCAAGGCCCAUGGAAUGAUGUGUUUUGAAACUUCGGCCAAAAUCUCACCAAACAAACUUUCAAAGAUGUCACAGAAGGAAGAAAAGGUGCCAAUUAAACAGGACCAGAUUGAAGACAUUGUACUCACUGUGGCUGGAAAACUCAAAAGACACACAACUAUUAAUAAUAUUUCUGUGUGCAAUGGUUCGUUUAAAGUGACAAGCAAAAAAGGAGCUGAAAAGGAAAGUUGGAGUUGCUGCUGAGAAGUUUUCAAUAGAUUAUCGAGAAUCUUAUGGAAAGUGUAAAAUGUGUAAAAGACAACUUAUGCAAUAAUGAAUAAAAAAUAAAGUUGUAACUUUUGU